UCUAGGAAGAGUAUUUUGCAGAAUGAACAGAUCGUGACCUAAUUUUUUUCAAUGGAGCUAAUUUGAAGUACACAUUAAAAAAAAUAAAAAAAUCAACAUGCCUUCUGCAAAGCCAAGAGCAACUGCUAAUUCUACUGAAACUGUCAGUGUAAAUGUGAAUGAAAAAAUACUUAGAGAAUGUCACGCAUUAUAUACAGAAAAAGAAAAAGGUCUGAUCAAAAUUGCAGAAUCUGUUGGAGUUGGGUUGUUAGCGCCUCGUAAAAAGAUCACUAUUAUGCUUAUGGGAAAUCACUCUGCUGGCAAGAGUUCCUUUGUAAAUUGGUAUGUUGAAGAACAUAUUCAAAAAACUGGAGUUGCUAUAGAAACCCAAGGAUUUACUAUUGUCACAAGUGGAAAAAAAAGAGAAUCUCUUUUAGGAAAUGCAUCCUUUCACUUGUUUCCCCACUUAAAACCAUUGCAAGAUAUUGAAGGUGUAUCUGAAUAUGUAAGUACAGAAAUUUCUACUUCAAAACAAAAAAAAUUUAAUAUGGUGAUGUUUGUCGAUACUCCUGGAUUAGUUGAUGGUGAUAUGUUGUAUCCUUUUGAUGUGAACCAAGCUAUCAAAUUUUUAGGAAGUCUUUGCGAUAUGAUAUUUGUAUUUUUUGAUCCUAUUGGACAAGCAUUGUGUAAAAGAACUUUAAACAUUGUGGAACAUUUGAAUGAAAAGAAAAAUGAUAAAAUUAGAUUUUAUCUGAGCAAAGCAGACACUGCAGGAACAGAGAGUGAUCGACAACGUGUUUUGAUGCAAAUCACUCAAGAAUUAUGUAAACGGCCAGGUUUAAAUAAAUGUGGUUUUGAUAUGCCAACAAUUUUUAUUCCAUCUCUAACUGAGAAGGCUCCUCGCUGUGAAAAUCAAAUUGAUUCUGUAUGUAAAGAGAUAGACAAAACCAUCAAUCAGACAAUUCAAAAUACACUCAACAAACUUGAAACUGAUUGCAAUACAGUUAGCAACAAAAUUCUUAAUAUACUAGAAGAAGACAGAAUUCAAGGUAAUGCUAAUAUACGAGCUUCUGUUAUCAGUUUUUUACUUCUACUCAUGGCUACGUGUCUUGGUUUUUUCUUGUCACUCAGUUUCUUCUCAUUAGACUUUUUACCUUACGAACCUAUAAAAUUAUACUUAAUUCCUGUGUCUAAGUUUUGGAACGAGUUUCCUAAAGAACAUGAAUUUCAUACUCGCUUAGUGCUUGGUGUGUCAUUAGCAGUUUUACUUAUUGCAUCUAAGCUUUUUUCAAGUUCAAAAGCAACACUCUCUCGUAAGGUCCGGCGCAUUUUGCAAGAGAAAAAAGAAUACAUUGAAACUGAAAUUAAACCAAAUAAGGCUAGAUUGUAUACGGAAUAUUUGAAACAAAGUGUGGCGGAUCAUGAUUUGGAGUAAUUUAUUUUAUAUAUUUAUAGUUGUUUUUUUUUGAAUUGAAUAAAUUUUUUGUUUACGAUUAUACACCAGACUCGUGCAAAUUUAUAUUAGGCUAUUUUAAAUUUCAAUAAAUAUUUUUCGAAUCUUUAAA